CAAACAGCGUCAUUGCCCGGCCUUUUUGCUGCACCCAGCAAAUCUUUGACUGCAUCUCUCCACGUCAGUCUACCCAGCAUGGCAACACACCCUCCUCUUCCCCAGCCCUCUCUCGCCACUCCCUAUAAACAGCACGUUACUGGCCUCUCCCACCAUAUGCCUUCGAACAGCCCCUACUCUGCAGAGCGAUUCACUGUCACCUCUGGAUCGCCCUCGCAAAUGCAAUCUCCGAGAGACCACAGACACCCUUCGCCCUCUCCUGACAAGAUGGUGAUGAACAGGGGUCGAGGGCAAUACGGACCUCAGCUUGGCGCGCGAGAGAGUACAGAGCAUGGAGAGAGGCAGAGGGAGAUAGAGCCAAUGUUGCCUCCUGUUGCUCGUACCCGCCCCCGUACUCAGGAGCCCAUGGUCCCUCAAGACGAGUCAAGCGUGCCCCCUGCCCCACCACCAAAGACGGCAGCCACAGCGCCCACUACUCCGGCUUCGGGUGGCGAGCAAAUUCCUCUCUCAAAGAGGCUGUUCCAUACAUUGGUGAACAAGCCCAAGUUGAGCAAGACUUGGGAAAAGAAGAGCUUUACAGACGAACUGAGGAGUGCACCAGCUGCGCUGGGUGAGAGCACGAGACGUGGGAGAACGGGCGUAGAGCCAGGAGAAGGCUUCGCUUCCCCUCGUUCGAGGCCCACCUCUCUGUACGCCUCACCUGCCGACUUGGCGUCUUUCAGGCCACUGCCACUGAUGAUGGAGGAACGCCAUCAUCAUUCAGAUAGCGAAGUUGGGAACAGUGCAAGGACGGCCGAGGGUGACAGAAUCUAGAGUAUAAAUUCUUUUACUCUUGUGCUCGUUGGCGUGUUGUGCUCGUUGGCGUGUUGUGCUCGUUGGCGUGUU